AUGUCUUCUGUUUCGCCGCCACGAACGGUACCGGCCAAGCGCCGCAAUGGCAUGCUGCAGAGCUGCGAGCCUUGUCGUAAACGGAAGCUGUCUUGCGACCACAGGUUGCCAGCUUGCGGACGAUGUGUCCGACGAGGAACCUCGAGUGUGUGUUACUAUCAUCCCGCUCCAUUGACUAAGUCGUCUGCCAGUACUGCAUCGGCAGCAUCACCAUCAAGCAAUGGAAUCUUGCCGAUUUCAACCCUGCAGAAUGGCCACGCUGCACCAGGGCUGAAGGAUACCACGCCGGCCAUCAAGCUCCGACAGCCUAAGAUUUUGAGUGUACCAUCAGCAGGCAUCCUCAUGGAAUCUGCCACGAAAGCCAAGAAUGUGGGUUUCAUGGGUGAAUCCACCACAACUGCAGUCAUCGCGGAGCUCAACAGCAGCCUCGGAAUUCACGUCGCUGAGGACUCUAUCGUGCAAAAGACUGCCAGCAUCACCGACUCCAACGCGCGAAGUGGAUCUGAAGUCCUUGCUUUCUUCCAAGACACGAACCUCCUCAAGAAGUUCCUGGACCGAUGGUUCGUCACUGGCGACGGCUUUUUGAUGUUUCGUCCAGUGUAUCGGUUCUGGUACGAUGGGCUUGUCGAGCUCAUGCAGAGAAUCAAGAACGACAAGUUCGAUGCACUCCGGCGAAUGGAGAAGCAUGCUCUGCACAUAUGGCGAAAUUCCCAGCAACCUCUUCGAAGCCAUGCGAACAUGUCUGCAAAGGAGUGGGCGCUUCAAGCCACAGGUGAGAAUCUUCGAUGGGAGACGCUUGGCAUGUUCCUGGCACUUAUAGGCAGCCUGACAUCGAUGCUUCCAGCUUGGGACCCUAUCUUCAAGACUGAUGCCGGCGGGCUCCACGAGAAGUCGAGGUUGGCCAAGCGCACACUUUAUUUGCAGAACGUGUGCGCCGAUCUCAGCAAGAAAUGCGGAAGCCGUAACGAUCUUCUUGCAUGUGUGCUCUAUGAGCGGGUGCUAAUGAUGGCCUUUGUUCACGGCGACACUGCCAACGAAGUCUGGACAUCGUUCAGCGAAGCUUGCGAUACCGCCGUCUUGAUGGGACUACAUCUCGAAAUCAAGAUGGACGCACACACGCCGUUCUUCCUCUACGAACUACGACUGCGGCUGUUCAAUGUGAUAUACUCCAUGGACAAGUUCCUCGCAACCUUCCUUGGACGACCACCACACAUCAGCUACCGCUACUCAGUAGUGCAAGUCCCGCACGACCUCAGCGAUGAGCAAGUCUGCAUGGACCCCGCUGAUCGACAAGCAGCACUCGACCGUCAUGUCAACACAUGGACAGUCACAGGCCGUCCGCACCGAGCUACAUGGCGAAAAGCGUGGUCCAUUCGUCACUUGCUUCGAGAAGACGUCCUGGAGAUCGUCAUUGGUCCGCACAUCAUGGAUCUCCAAGCUCGCUGCGACUAUGUGCGCGCUCAAGAGAAAGAAGCCAUCGCCGCAAUGCCUGAAUUCGCGCGAACCAAUCCAGAAGAACUCAUCGACACUCUCAAGCGCGACCCCACCCACAAAAUGGUUGGCCGAGGUGUCGAAUGGACGCCCUUCGACGUGUCAUGCCUCUUCGCCGUGCACUGCGGCAUCCGCCAUGCAGAUUUCCUCAUGGAGCGAGCCAUCGUCAACAAAACAAAAGCCAACCCUGAUCGACUCAUCGCCUCCUCACGCAGUCUCCUGAAGCUGGUCUUGAAGGUCGUGAGUAUCAAAGACUACCUCUCAGAAUACGUCCUGGACAUGACAGACUCUCUGGCGUUCUACGCUGUACCACCUGCCGGCGUCUUGGCGAUGGAGAUGCUGCGGCGUGAUCAGAUUAACGACCCCUACGACGACUUCCCGCGUAGCGAAGUCUUACAGCAACUUGCGGUCCUGAUGCCGGCAUUGGAGGCUGUGAGGCCAGACGAGGGCAACCAUGCGCUGUGUACCAUGGGCUUGAAUGCUAUCAGGAAAGUGCUCGAUAGGUUACUCUCUAGGCCACGGGUGCCGGCGACAGUGGAUACCAGCAGCGCUUUCAUGGACAGUGCGCUCUUUGGGGCGAACAUUGGCAAUGAUGCAGAUUUUCUGCAAUGGCUGGGGAAUGUCGAUUUUGAAGCUGGUAGUUGGCUGGAUCCUACUGUGAAUGGGGCAGGCUUUGAAGUGGGGGCUGAAAGUAUGCAGACUGCUUCGGUUUGA